AUGGCAUCCUUACUCUCCAGUGCAACUGAGAUGGCGCACCAUGCCGCCGUGUCGCUCUUGAGCUCGUCCGAGGUGAAGGUCGGCUCGACCAUCCCAACCUCCGUGCCCGUCAAGGAGAACGAGGCCGACAAGACGUUCACUUUCAAGGGCAUCUCCGGCAAAAACCUCUUUAUCGGCGUGCCGGGCGCGUUUACGGGGACGUGCAGCGCGCAAAUCCCGGGAUAUAUCCGCCACUAUGAUAAAUUUAAGGAGAAGGGCAUCGACAACAUAUACGUCGUCGCGGUGAACGAUGUCUUUGUUUUGAAAGCCUGGAAGGACUCGAUGACCGAUGGCGCUGGAACGCCCAUCCAUUUUAUCGCGGAUGACAAGGGGGCAUUCGUGGGAGCGCUUGGCAUGCUCUUCGACGCUACGGAACGCCUGGGUGCGCCGCGGUCCAAGCGUUUCGUGCUCGUCACUGAAGGUGACACGAUUACCGAGCUCGCGGUCGAGCCCGUGACAUCCGGACUUACUGUCACUGCGGCGGACAAGAUUCUUCCAUUAUUGUGA